AUGUUUUCAAUAUGGAAACUAAUGACAAAAAGUACUUGUUAUAAAAUUAUGUUUGUUAUGGGAGUUCUUGAUAUGGGAGGAAUUUUAUUUACUGGAUUUUCAACUGGAUAUUUGGGAUAUUUUGGAUAUGUUUUUUGUUCUUCACCAAAAUUUAUUUAUUUUGCUGGGGUCUAUGGAGCUUGUUUGUGCAUUUCAAUAAUUUAA